AGAGUGUUCAAGCCUGAUAUAUAUCAGGCGAGCUAGUUCAAUUUUCUUGCUGUUAUUUAAAUCCUGGGCUUCCUUUCACCUCAUUUGUACGUACUUCCUGAACGCGCGAAGCCAUUGUAAAAAGAAUAGAACUAGGUCUUCUCAUAUCUUGACUGUCUUUGUUUUGCCUAGUUGCUGAAAAUGGCAACCCAAAAUGGAACUGAAGAAAAGAAGCCAGGCAUAGUUCGCAGAAUAACAAGGAUCACUUUCACGAUUGGUCCCAUCCGCCAGGAGGAUCUAUCCACACCAGAGCUCAACAAGUUGAUGGCAAUGGCCCAGCGGUUUGAGAUAACUUUUGACACUGUCCCAAUCCUUGAUACUGAACACUCAGACAAAUUGGGGUACAUUACUCUGCCAUUUGAGAUUCGUACCCAGGACUACCUGCUUGUGUUGUAUGAUCGCCUGAAUAACCUGAAGCUGGGUGGUGGUCGAGAUGUCUCUGUUAAGUUUCCAGAUGAGCUCCGGCGUCAUGUGGACGAAUGCCGUGCCCACAAUGUCGAGUUGAAGAAAAAGCGCAUUGAAGAAGCCAAAGAGAGGGAAGAAAAAGAUAAAAAGUCAAUUUAUGCAACAUUCGUGGAUAAGGAUACAGGACGCGCCAGUCUGGUGGAGAAGUUCCCUGAAGCAAAGGAGAUCUCCGUACGACAGCACAACUUCCAGUGGUUUGGAGUGUUGGAGUUUGAGACGGUUGAAGAGGCCCAAGCUGUGCUUAAGAAGGCCAAUCAGAUUGAAAUAGAAGGGCAAAAAGUCAAGAUUGUUAAACAGGCUCCAGAUUAUGAAGAAAAGAAGCAGUUGCAGGCCAGAGAUCAGAAGCCAUUCAUGAAAAAGCGUCCCCAGACGAGUCCCGGGGCCGGGUUCAAUCGAGGACCUGGCCCCGCCCAACCUCUCCUGGGCGUGGGCUUUCAGAGAGGCGGCGACAGGAUUGGCCACGGUAUACUAGGAUUCAGCCCGAGAAACAUGGGUGCAAUUGGAUUUGAUCAAGGAUACAACAGUGGUUACAAUCAAGGAGGUGGUUACAACCAGGGUGGAUUCAACAGAGGGGGAUUUAACCAAGGAGGUUACCAACUUGGAGCUAAAAGAAAAACAGAUUAUGGUGAUUAUGGUGGCUCAAACAACAAACGCCCUUUUGGUGAAAAAAGAGGUGGCUAUGGUGGCCGAGGCAGCUGGGCUGGCAGGUAGACAAGCAGCUCCUCUCUGGGACAUGGCAAUAGCCGGCGGAGGAACUUUGUCUUUUAAUAAUAACUUACGUGAUUAAGUUAAACAUCACAUUUGAACAGCAUAAAACUAAGUAGAAACAAGAACAUUUUUCAUCUACAGUUUGAUAAAAUCAGAAUUUCUUACUGUGAAUAAAUGGUAGAAGGACAUCAAAUGUUGGGACCUAUAUGUCUUAUAUGAUUUUCAGCAGAAUAAAACUGGUCAAAGCUCCA